CUUUACCAAAGCAAUAUUUUUCUUACUAGGUACUCUUUUAUAUAUAUAUUCUCUCAAUGUGAAUUUUUACUAAACUAUUUUAUAUUGUAGCAUACAUACUGUUAUCAACCACAUCCAUUCUUGCAUCGCCACUUCGAGAUGUAUCCACUACAUCCGUUGACUUGACAGAGAAUCCAAUCGACAUAAACGGGGAUGAGACACUUUAUGUGACAGUGACAAGAGUAGAUGAUCUUCUUGAUGAUGAUGGUUCUCUUUUGGCUGAAAGAGUGAUGGCUGUGCGUGUGACCUUUGAUGUCUUUGAGAAUAGAUUGAUGUGUAACGGUCAGCCGGUAGAAAUUGGUGUAUCCAAUAUCCAAGUUGAGGCUCAGAUGGUUUCAAAUCCUGAAAAGUUGACUAUCACAAGCGAAGAAGAUGCUGCGAUAUUGGCUGAUAGCUUUGAUACUGGUCUUGUUACAGUCGAAAUUACAGCAACUCUUUUAGACGAAUUGAAGACGGAUGAUGGUAUGGUCUUCCGUCGUCUGAGUGUCAAGGAGCUGAUUACGGAAGUCAAUGGCGCCAAAGUAGUCCAAACUGAGGCUGCUCAACAGAUCUUGGAUGUUUUUGAUAAUGGUUCCUUGGUCAAAUGGACGGUUGAUCCUUUGACUGGAUUUAUGCUUCCUGCUGAUGAUAAUAGUGAUGCUCCAGAGUCAGCCCUCGAUUCAGUCUCGACUUGGUGGCACAGCCAAUCCUCUCUUAAUCAAGAAGCUAUCUGUACUGGUGCUGCGGCUUCUGGUUUCCUUCUUUUGACUCUUGCAUUUGUGCUUAUCCACAGAUCAUUAAAGAGAAAGCGUGAAUAUGAACUUGUUCAAGAAGAGCAACCCCCUGCCUAUGAUGAGCAGGAAGAGACAGCUGUUGAAGAAAAGAAACCUUUCUUGGCUUCCAACUAAGUCAUGUGUACAUCAAGCCUAUCCAUAUUUGUUGCAAUAAAUAAAAACAUUACGUUAACUAGUUCUGGAUGAACGCAGUCUGUAUACAUAUCUACAUUGUGUCACCUCAUUUUACGCCUCACCGCCCCCCUCUUUUUUACACAGACUGGGG